AUGAGUUUAAAAGAGGCUGAUUCUGAUGAGGAGUCAAUUGCUAUGAACAACUCUACCGGUGAUAAGCAAACCGACGCACUUUCAAGCAACUUAGUUGACGCUGAGUUUGCCGGAACAACUCGAGCUAAGCAAACAACUUUGAUUAUAGUAGAAGGGCCUUCGGCUAUAAAAGCGGUAAAAUCUGGCUUAUUUGUGCUUGAGAAAAGUUUUGUUGGAUAUCUUUCACUACAAGGAAAACUUAUAAACGCAAAGGAUUCAACUGACGCAAAAGUGAAGAGCAACAAGUGGAUUAAAUUGAUUGUCAGCAGCCUAGGACUGGACUUUAACAAGAAGUACACUACAAUAAGUGAACAAGAGGAAUUGCGAUACGGAAAAAUUCUAAUUAUGACUGAUCCUGACGUGAACGGAACUUUUAUCGCUGGAAUGAUUUUAACCUUCUUUCACAAGUAUUGGCCUGCUUUACUAAAACGCAAGAACAUGUUCUCAAAAAUGAAGUUCCCCAUUGUAAAUGUUUACAACAAAUAUGCAAAAGAAGAAGCUUUUUCGUUUUACUCUUUGAAUCAUUUUGAAAACUGGAGACAAACUACAAGCAAUUUUAACGACUUCACAGUUAAAUACUUCAGAGGUCUGGGAAGUAUCCCCUCUACUCAAGUUAUUAAAUCUUUUGCAAAUUUGGACAAUCAUUUAAUUAACUUUGAAUAUGGCGGCGCUGAAGACGACAAAGCUCUUGACAUAGCAUUCAGCCCUGAAAUGACUGCAGAACGUAAAAAAUGGAUUGAAGAACAGCAAAACAAGAUUACAGUUUACUCUUUUGAAACUGAAGGCAAUUCAGAAACAAUUUCGUUUAAAAAGUUCAUCGACAACUAUUAUUUGUUGUACUGCAAAUUUUCAACACUGCAAAAUAUUCCUUCAGCAGUUGAUGGCCAAACUCAAGUUCGACGUAAAAUUCUGAGCUCAAGUUUUAACAUCAAGUCACUAUUAUCAUUGCCUCAACUUGCGGGAAUCGUAUCUGCAGAAACAAAUUACGUACACAAUGAAAAGUACAUUGAAACUGCUAUUUCAAGCAUGUGUCAAAACAACCUUGCUAGUAACAAUAUCAAUCUACUCUCUGGAGAAGGCCAAUUUGCCAAUCGAUUCACAGGAGAGGACGCUGCCACUUCUCAUUACCUUUUUACAGAAACUCGCCUUUCAGCUCGCCUAUUGUUUCCAGAAAAGGAUGAGCAUUUUCUUUCAUUUAAGCAAACCAACUACUUUGCCUCUGAACCUACAUUUUUCGUUCCACUCCUUCCACUGGUGUUAAUCAACGGCGUCUACAAUUUUGGUUUUUGGAAGUCGUCUGUCGCCAGCUACAAUCUUGAGCAAAUUGCACAAAAGAUUAUGCUAAAACUUUCCGGUGUUGAGGAUGAGCUUCCGCCACUGGAGCCAUUUUACAAAAAUUUCACUGGCACUAUUCGUCGCGUGAAGCAGAACAAGUUUGCAAUUUUUGGAACUGCUGCUCAACUAUCUGAUACAAGUUUUGAAAUAACUGAAUUGCCAAUCGGUACUACUACGCAAAUGUACAAAUCAAAAGUACUUGACAAACUGGUGAAAAUUGGCUUCAUCAACUCCUUCAGCGAGCACCACACUGACUUGUCUCUCCGCUUCCUUGUGAACAUCUCAAGCAAAAAUCUAAAGAAAUCUCUAGAAAAGGGAUUCUACAACACUUUUCAGUUGAUAACUUUCUUGCAAGAGCAUUUGUGGCUGUUUGACCAAGAAGGCCAUUUAAAGGAGUUCAAAUCAGUAGAUGAAAUUUUCGACUGCCACUUUCAAUGUCGCCUUGACCUUUACAAAACAAGACAACAGUACACUGAAGGACUACUUCAAGCUGAAGUCAACUACUACGCCAAUAAGGUGCGCUUUAUCACAGAGAAGAAGGAAGGAAUGAUCGACUUUGAAAGUGUUACACUGAACUCGUUGAUCAUUGAACUCCGCCGCCGUGGUUACAACAGCAAUCCUGUUGAUCAAUUUAACGGGAAAGAAGAUGGUUUUCAAGCACUUAUCAAAACAAGAGAUGAAAAACAGCAGAAAUUGUAUCAACAUCGUCAAAUCACACCAGAACGAAUGUGGAUUAGGGAUUUGAUGAAAUUCAUUCAAAAGUUCAAAGAAGAGGAAGAAGAGGAAAAUAACUUAAUGAACUCGCUGCUUCAGCCUGACCAUUUACCGGCUAAAAAUGGAGAGAAAAUUGAACCAGAAAAUUUGACUGAAAAUCAAGUUAACAAGCCUCUAGGAUUGUCUGCAAGUCGAAUGACAAACAGUUUUGUCGUUAGCUACAAGUGCCGUACAAGUCAAGUGCAUCGUAAAAAGAAAGCUGAUUCUUCCCGCAAAUAUCGAGAAAACAAUUUAGAACGUGUUCUUGAAAUUAACCGCAAGUACCGUGAUGAAAAUCGAGAAAAACUUAAUGAAAGCUGCCGUCAAUAUUAUAAAAACAACAAAGAUAAAAUUAUAGCAAAAAGACGCCAAAGUCAAAAUCUUGAGAAAAUGCGAGAAUAUCACCGCAAGUACAACGAAAAGAAUUAUGAUGAGCUCAAAGAAAAGAGGCGCAUUUAUCGAGAGGAAAAUCGAGAGCGCCUUAACGCACAAAGACGUCAAAGCUAUCAUGCGUCAAAAAGUCUGAAAAAGUAA